AUGGACACCAGAGACCAAAAUAACGGAGAUGUCGAGGUCCCGACAGCCCUCGACUCGCAGGAAGAGAAACCUCCACAAAUACCCAGCGAUUCUGAGCUGCCCCGAGAAGAACCAUCAUUGCAGAAAACAUCCAGUGAAAAACAAGAAGGCAGACGAAAAGAGCACAAGUUGAAGAGGGACUUGCUUCCAGAGCAAGACCUGGAUAAGGGAAUUGUUGGAUGGGAAGGGCAAGAUGAUCCAGAGAACCCACGGAAUUACACAUCAUUGCGAAAAUGGACGAUUCUUUCCCUCGUGAGCUCAAUGACCCUGAUCAGUCCCUUUGCGUCUUCGGUUUUUGCGCCUGCUGUCCGCUUCGCCGAUGCCGACUUCAACAACACUUCAACAAUAUUGAGCACGUUCGUUGUUUCAGCAUACGUCCUUGGCUACGCGGUUGGCCCGCUGUUCCUCUCUCCUCUCAGUGAGAUAUAUGGUCGAAGAAUUGUUUUGAAUAUUGCUUCGCUGCAUUUUGUGGUGUGGCAGAUUGGCUGCGCAUUAGCGCCCAACAUCUCAGCCCUGAUCGUCUUCCGGUUGCUCACAGGCAUGGGUGGGUCUGCUUGCUUGACCAUCGGCGGGGGCGCGAUAGCAGAUAUGUUCGAGAAGGAACACCGUGGGCUGGCUAUGUCCAUCUUCACUGCUGGCCCUCUGUUGGGCCCUGUCCUCGGUCCCAUUUGUGGAGGCUUCAUAGCGCAGGGCGCGGGAUGGAGAUGGGUCUUUUGGACUCUCUUGAUUGCCGCAGGGACAUGCACAGGGUUCAUCCUCAUAUUCUACCGCGAAACUAACCACGCCGUCCUCAUCCGUUACAAGACCCGUCGCCUUGCACGAGAAUUGGGACGCGACGAUCUGACAAGUUGCUACGAUAACGUCACGGGCAAGCGCUCCGCAACAGCCGUCUUUGCUCGCAGCUUGAUAAGGCCUCUGAGGCUGCUAUUGCUGUCUCCAAUUGUGGGACUAUUGGCGGUCUACCUCGCACUGAUAUACGGAUGUCUCUACUUGCUCUUCACGACAGUCACCGACGUGUUUCAAAAAACGUAUCACUGGAGUCCGGACUUGACAGGUCUCGCAUACAUUGGCUUGGGAAUCGGAAUACAAUGUGGACAGACAUUAUUUGGGCUUACAAGCGACCGGAUCGUUGUCCGUCUCACUCGAGCCAACAAUGGAAUCUACCAACCCGAGAUGCGACUCACAAUGUGCUUACUUUUUGCCUUCUUCGUUCCCAUAUCCUUCUUCUGGUACGGAUGGUCGAUCCAAGCAAAAGUACACUGGAUUGUCCCUAUCAUUGGCUUGUGCCCGUUCGGAUUUGGCAUGAUUGGGAUCUUUGGUUCCAUCCAAACGUACAUCAUCGACGCAUAUUCUCAGUAUGCGGCUUCCGGAAUAGCUUCGGUGACGGUAACGAGGUCCUUUUUUGGGGCGUUCCUUCCACUUGCAGGGCCUUCGCUAUAUCAAAGUCUUGGAUAUGGGUGGGGAAAUUCUUUGCUUGGGUUCGUUACUCUCGCUUUGAUUCCAGUACCAGUUCUCCUCCGGCAGUAUGGUGGUGUUCUGAGAGAGCGUUACCCUGUAAAACUAGAAUAG